AUGUGCGCGUGCCGUCAGAAAAAAUCGUUUUUAAUCGAUGACAUUUUAAAUGACACGAGAAAAACUAACAAACAAUUGAACAAUGAGCGAAAGGAACCUCUGAGGUGUAGUGACAAAGAAGAAAUAAAAAAUCAGAGUAAACAUGACGAGCUGCAAACAAAAUUUAACGUUAUUACGGAAGUUCAGAAGGAACUCGAAUUGACGAAAAUGAAAGUGAAUUUGGAACAAAGAAGGAAUACAUAUCCUCUACAACCGACACCGAUAAAGGCUAAUGUCCCAUGGCCGACUUAUAGAAUGAAAACAGGAUACCCUAUUGACACGAGACACCCAAUGAACUUCUACAGUGAUCACAUGUUGAAGUCGGAUCAGAUAUUGCGAAACCAGCUGGCCGUCAAUAGAUUCGUAUCGAGUCCGUAUAGUUUACGACAGCCAUAUGGAUUCGAAAGAGUUCCACCUUCAUGCUGUAGCCCCUGGUGGGGAGUAGGGGGGCGACGGAAGGGUGGGCAAGUGAGGUUUAGUGCAGCUCAGACCGGCGCCUUGGAGCGUCGUUUCGGCGCCAGCAAAUACCUCAGUCCUGACGAGCGUAGAGCGCUAGCUGCCUCAUUAAGACUUAGCGAUCGACAGGUAAAAACAUGGUUUCAAAAUCGACGAGCGAAAUGGAGACGCACGACACCCGAAGCAGCGGACGCUGGCAGUCCACCCACAGCUGAUGAAUCUGAUGACGAAGUGCAAAUAGCCGAUGAAGACUGA